AUGACCUUGCUUCAAAACAAUGCUAAAGAUAUCUUGCGGCGAACCAACUUCCCGAACAAAGACCAAGAGGGCCAAUCUCCUUCCGAGGUUCAUACAGUGUCACACUCAGUUCAGAUAACUUCCAACUUUCGCUCAACAAAUCGAAAUUUCCCUGAGUUACAACGGACUUUUCCGACCUCCACAAAGUCCCUUGAUGUGGUAUCGACGCCCCGACCCGAACGCCGCCGAAGUCUCCUAAUCUAUGGAGCCGACCGUUCAGGCACAACAUUCACCACAAAAAUGUUUGCCGAAGAUCCACAACUUAUGACUGUUUAUGAACCGUUAUGGAUAACAACCAGAUGGAACAAAGAAGACUCUAGUCAAAUACCCAAUUGGACCAAAAACGUUCUUGAUCUUCUUAGGGGAAUUUUAAGUUGUAAGUUCGCCGAGACUGCUGCUGGUGUUAAAUUCCUCUCGCACACCUCCCGGAAAUGGAAUGGAGCAAAUGUCAAAAACCCUUUUCAGUCUCAAAACUUUUGCCCCAACUGGGAAUGUGAAGAUCUUUCCAGUACUCCCACAUACGCCGACACAGUAUGCCUAACAAAAUACAAACACAGUGUAACGAAAAUAGGGGAGCCCAGGACACCCAACAGUUUAAUUUCAUCUUUUCUUCCAAAGGUGUUCUUAGAGAAUCCAGACACCGACAUCCGGGUUAUCCAGCUUAUCCGAGAUCCCAGAGCGAGUUUAAGAUCCCGGAUUAAGUUAGGAUGGAUGGUAGACUGGACGCAUUGGAAUUUUCGAAAGUUAGUCAGAAAAGUUUGUUCAAACUUGGUCGCAAACAUCAAGUUUGGCCGAAAUCUGGGCAAAUGGCAAGACAGGUAUUUAGAAGUACACUACCACGAUCUAGCCGGACAACCGCUGGAUACGACAAGAGCUAUGUAUGAUUUUGCAGGAUUUGAAAUGCCCGAUAGCAUUGCCGACUGGGUGGUUCGCAAUACUUCGCCGAGUAAAGAAGAACUGAUGAAGGAAAGCAAAAACAAAUUCUCACCAACUCGAAAUUCAACGGCUAAUAUUGAUAUGUGGAAGCAAGAUUCCCCAGUCGAAAGAAUUCGAAUAAUUGAGGAAUAUUGUCAAGAAGCACUUGAUCUUCUGGGGCUGAAAAAAAUGCUAUAGAACAAACAACAACUUCAAUUGAACGGAUUUGAAAAUGACAUAGAUUUUCGUGGGAAAAAAUAA